CCGUUUUCUCCACAUGUAUGUAUUUUUAUAAAAUGAUUAUGUUUUUGGUGCUGUUUACACCGCUGUACCAUGUGUCUGAUCUAGAGUCGUUAGGCUUGUUUGAGAUAGACAAGUUCUGCAUGCUGGUUAGAAAUGCUGUGCUAAAAUACUCUACAGCAUUUACCAGCAAAAUAAAAUCAUGAUGGGAAAUGACUGUCAGCUCAUGCUCGUUGGAUUAGAACCAUCAAACACACACGUUCAGACUCGCACCUGUUCUGUGUGUCUUUGGAUUGUGGAGGGAAACUCUUAGUCUUCACUUCUGACUUAGUUACAAGUAAUCUUGUCCUAAAUGCUUUAGACCCUGUUCUCAGCUGUAUCUGCUGCUUGUGAUCGGAUCACCUGAGAUGGAUGUUAAUGCCAGACACCCCAGGCGACUCCCCAUGAGACCGAUGACGUGUGUGAUUCUGUCCUCUGCAGUCGACAGCAUGGGCCGGAUCGUCCUCGCUGGAGGCGCCGCUGUUGGACUCGGAGCUUUGUGUUAUUACGGAUUAGGCAUGUCCAACGAGAUGGGAGCCAUCGAGAAAGCAGUGAUCUGGCCGCAGUAUGUGAAGGACAGGAUCCACUCCACAUACAUGUAUUUCGCGGGCAGCGUGGGUCUGACGGCGCUCUCGGCCGUCGCGGUCAGCAGGACACCGGCGCUCAUGGGACUCGUGAUGAGGGGCUCCUGGCUGGCUAUUGGCGCCACGUUCGCUGCUAUGAUCGGCGCCGGGAUGCUGGUGAGGUCGAUCUCGUACGAACACAGUCCGAUGCCGAAACACCUGGCCUGGGCUCUACACGCAGGUGUGAUGGGAGCCGUCAUCGCUCCGUUAACUCUGCUGGGUGGCCCGCUGAUGGUUCGAGCAGCCUGGUACACCGCAGGAAUCGUGGCCGGUCUGUCGACGGUGGCCAUGUGUGCGCCGAGCGAGAAGUUCCUGAGCUUGGGCGGCCCGCUGGCCGUGGGCUUCGGCGUGGUGUUCGCCUCGUCUCUGGGCUCCAUGUUUCUGCCCCCCACCUCUGCAUUCGGGGCCGGCCUGUACUCGGUGGCGGUUUAUGGAGGUCUGGUCCUGUUCAGCAUGUUUCUGCUGUAUGACACACAGAAAGUCAUCAAGCGUGCCGAGACGCACCCUCUUUACGGCGUUCAGAAAUAUGACCCCAUUAAUGCAUGUAUGGGCAUUUACAUGGACACGCUCAACAUCUUCAUGCGUUUGGUGAUGAUUCUAGCUAACGGCGGCGGAAACAGGAGGAAGUAGCCGUAAGGAGACAAGAACACAUGACACUGACUGGACGAGAAAGAUUUAGCUGAACAAAGUUUAUUCAUUUAUUUUGCAUUUAUUUGUUUAAAAGCAGAAAAAACCUUUCGAUUGCUUUCAGCUGAAUUGCAUUUUAAACAUGUCCAACAGUACAAGGUAAUUGGCGUAGUUAAUGUGUCUUAUCAAAUGAGGCUGAAUGCAGAUCGUCUUCCACAGCUGGUGUAAUUAUAACAAAUAUUUUUGUAUAUUUAUUUAGGAAAGAGAUCACAACAGACUUAGAGUUAUUGCACAGAAAACACUGUGAUUGUUCUGUUCUUGCAGUUUGGGGUUCAUGGUUCAAUAAACUUUAGUGGUAUCUCAGACUA